CUUCUCGCGCGCCACCACUGGUUGCUCGCGUUUUUCUGUUUCUGUAGAUGUUGUUUGAACGACUUGAGUUGUCUGAAGAGAGCCAGUUUCUUCAGGUGCAGCAGGGCCAUCUUCAGAUUUGUCGUUCUCCGAACCGAUCCUUUUGAGGCUGCCCCAGAAUUCCUCAUCCUCCUCUGCUGGGCUCAUCUGCAGCAAUUUGAAACAUGUAGAUGCUUACCUUAACAUCAGUGAUAUCAACCAAGUUGUCAUUGAGGAAGCUUUUAAACUCCUGGAACUUCUCCUCUGUGGGGCGGUCGUGGCCACUGUGAGGCCAAAUAGCCUGCCAACAAUAAAGUCCAGGUGGUGUCAGCAUGUUGCCUGAUAAAACUGGAUGUAAUGUAAGAGUUGUUUGCAGAUAAGAAUUGCAUACCUUCAGAGUCCCAUUUUCAGCAACCAGUCUCCCAGCAGCAGAGGUAGCUCCCCUAGCAAGCAAUCUAGAAUGCUGAAAUUUACCUUUCUUCUUCUGCAAUUUAUAAAGGCAAAAAAGAUUCAUAUUACACACUGAACUGACAUUUCUACAGUUGAUACAUUAGGGCUGCCUAUACAAAAGCACCAAGUAGGCUUCUAGAAUGAAAAAUACAACUGAAUAUCUUGUGAUUAUCUCUCAGUCUCUCAGCCCACGUAUAAGAAAUUAGCAAGCGAGGCAGCAUAUUUCAGUCUAUCGGUCUUAACAUGUGCAUGUUCUGAAACAAGUGAGGCCCACAAUAAAGCCAGCCAACGAGAUAGAGAGAUUGAGAUUUUGCAUUUCUAUGCCUGAUGAGAAUUGGCUGGAACUCCCUGGCCUCAUUUCCGAGAAUUACAUGACAUAGUCUAUAUGGAUGAGAAAUGGUUCAAUCUGACACAGGAGGAGAACGGCUACUUGCUGCUUCCCGAAGAACCUGAUCCCUUACGCACCUUGCAUCAUAAGGAUAGCAUUGCGAAGGUGAUGUUUCUUGCGGCCGUGGCUAAACCAAGAUAUGGCAAUGUUGGUGUCGUCACGUUUGAUGGUAAGAUAGGCAUUUGGGCCUUUGUCACAGAGUCUCCGACUCAAAGGAGUGAAAAUAGAGAAAGAGGGACACUUGAACUCAAAUCAUUGAAAGUUACAAGAGAUGUAAUGAGGUUCUGUAUGUGUGAGAAACUAAUUCCAGCUAUCCAUGAUAUGUGGCCUGAUGAAGAUGAAGAACGGACCAUCUUUAUCCAGCAAGAUAAUGCUACACUGCAUCUUAAGCCUAGUGACGAGAUUUUUCGACGGGCCGUAGAACAGACCGGUCUGGAUAUCAAGUUGAUCCAGCAUCCUCCAAAUAGCCCCGACCUGAAUAUUCUUGAUCUCUGCUUCUUCAGGUCUCUCCAGUCGCAUACUGAUUGCAGAGCACCUCAAAGCAUAAGGGAAUUGAUAGAAGGCGUGGAGGAAGAAUAUCAAAACUAUGAUGUCAACACGUUAGCUCGAAGCUUCAUGACACUGCAAUCAUGCAUGAGAGAGAUUAUGAGAGAAAAAGGAGGGAUAGGCUACAAGAUUCCUCACAUGCAAAAAGAGCGCCAGCAGCAAGAAGGAAGGCUUCCUAUUGCUCUCUCUUUAAACGUUGAGCUAGUUGAGCAUACCUUAGCACUUAUAGCAGCAGCAGACCUCGAGGCAGCAGCAGCAGCACCUUUGAAGCGGAGAAAGAGAAAGAGGAGCAGCAGCACCCUCCAAGCAGAGAAAGGGAAAGAAGACCAGCAACAUCCUCCAAGCAGCAGUACCCUACAAGCAGUAGCAGCAGCACCACCACCUUCGAAGCAGAGAAAGAGAAAGAAGGGCAGCAGCACCCUCCAAGCAAAGAAAGGGAAAGAAGCAGAGAAAGGGAAAGACGACCAGCAACAUCCUCCAAGCAGCAGUACCCUCCAAGCGGCACCACCUUCGAAGCAGAGAAAGAGAAAGAAGAGCAGCAGCGCCCUCCAAGCAAAGAAAGGAAAAGAAGCAGAGAAAGGGAAAGGAGCAAUUACAUGUCAUUUUUUUGUAUUAAUGUCAGUAAAGGAAAGAAGUAACAGGCAGAAUUCCAAAUCAAAAUUGACCGCUGACCGAGUUCAUCUCUGUUUGUACUAAUCAAUCAAAACAUGCAGAGAGGACUCUCCAUCGAUCACUUGCUAGCUGCUCACAGUUAACUGAACAUGAAAAUACUGAACCAAACAUGCUACUCCUAGUGUUUC